AUGAGGACCGACGGCGUGGUGCGGGUUAAUUUGUCUGUAGCACCGCGGUUGAUAAUAAGCAAUGGCUCCCAACAUCACGGAGGAGAAAUGCAUAGAGUCCACAGAGGCUUCUAUGGAGAAGUUGGUAGCGCCACAGGCUGCGCCCAGGAAGUACCGGUUGAUCUACUCCAUAAGUGCGUCAUUGAUCUACGCACACAUUUGCUCUGCGUACGCGUUCUAUCUAAUAGCGACGAGACCAUGCUGGGCUACCCUCUUCUUCAAUUUCAUUCUAUUCGUGCUGGGACAAAUAGGAGUAACGGGCGGAGCUCAUCGUCUCUGGUCCCACAGGUCCUUCAAAGCGAAACUGCCUCUACAAAUCAUUUUGAUGACUAUGCACUCGAUCUCCUAUCAAUUCACAAUUAUUAA